UUUGCCCCUCUCUAAAUAUUUCUUUUUCCUCCCUUUUAGUGUAUUUUCCUGUUCUAUCAUCAAACAUGCCUGCUCAAGUUAUACCUGAGAAAAUAAUUCAGGGGGUUGGUUUCGUACAGAAAAAUACCAUCUCCCAAUUCUCACUAAGAAGGCUUGAGGAAAAAGUUGCGAUUAUAACAGGCGGUGCCAAAGGGAUUGGAGAGGCGGCGGUAAGACUCUUUGUGAAGCAUGGAGCCAAAGUAGUCAUUGCUGAUAUUGCUGAUGCUGCUGGCAUUGCUCUGGCCAACUCAUUGGCCCCUUCAGCAGCAUAUGUACAUUGUGAUGUAAGCUCGGAAGAGGACAUAGAAAUGCUGAUCAAUAAAACAAUUUCAUUAUUUGGUAAACUUGACAUCCUUUUCAACAAUGCCGGGAUUCUUGGGAAUCAAUCUAAGAGGAAGAGCAUCAUCGAUUUCGAUGCCGGGGAGUUCGAUCGAGUAAUGCAAGUCAAUGUCAGAGGAGCCGCUCUUGGGAUGAAGCACGCAGCAAAAGUAAUGGUGCCAGGAAGAAGUGGUUGCAUAAUUUCCACAGCGAGUGUAGCAGGUUUCAUGGGGGGGCUCGGGCCUCAUGCUUACACGGCGUCCAAACAUGCCAUUAUAGGGCUUACGAAGAACACUGCUUGCGAACUAGGCCGGUAUGGCAUCAGGGUAAACUGCAUUUCUCCCUUUGGGGUGGCCACUUCCAUGCUUAUCAACGCAUGGAGAAGUUGUGAAGUAGAUGAGGAAUGCACGGAUUUGGAGGCAACUGGUUAUGAUCACAAGGAAGCAGAGAAGAUGGAGGAAUUUGUGAGAGGAUUAGCCAAUCUAAAGGGUGUGACUCUCAAAGCUAAAGACGUGGCCGAGGCCGCUCUUUAUCUUGCUAGUGAAGAGUCCAAGUACAUAAGUGGUCAUAACCUUGUGGUGGAUGGUGGCUUCACCAGCUCCAUAAAUUGUGUAGGCUUGUGACAAUGGCAUCCCAUUUUCAUUUCUUUAUUUAAUUAGUGGUUUAUGAUCAAUGCAAGAACAGACAAAGCAAAGUACAACAAAAAAAAAAAUGCUAGUUUUGUACUCAUUUAGUGAGCCUCUUCAAUGAUGUCUGCCACUACUUUCUUAUCAUCUUGAUGAAGCCAAUAUGUUAAUUUACCAGCCCUCCAAGUUGCUAGUAUUCCUUUUGGUUGGAAGGGAAUCAGAAUUUGGGGGAGCCUAUGUAGCUCCUGAUUAGUCUUUUGAUGUGAAAAUUAGGUGAAACACUGCCUUGAUGAAUCGAGGGAAAUG